AUGACGCUUUCCAAUGACGAGAACACAAGUCAAGAGCAUGCGGCUUCGUUCGCGCCGUUUGACGUCGAAGAAGCGCUCCUCCAGCUGACUAUUGACGAAAAGGUAUCGCUUCUCUCAGGCAAGGAUUUCUGGCACACGCGCGACAUACCCAGGCUGUCGAUUCCUUCCAUUCGACUAUCAGAUGGUCCCAACGGUAUCCGAGGUACCAAAUUCUUUGACAGCGUACCUUCUGCAUGCCUUCCAUGUGGCACAGCCAUCGGCGCUACGUUCGACUCCGAUCUGGUCGUCGAGAUUGGCCAUCUACUCGGCGAUGAGGCUCGAGCAAAAGGAGCGCACAUCAUUCUCGGUCCAACGAUAAACAUCCAGCGAGGACCGUUGGGCGGUAGAGGAUUCGAGUCUUACUCCGAGGAUCCUUACCUAUCCGGCAAGCUUGCAGCAAGCUACAUCAAUGGGCUCAAGGAUAAACAUAUAGGCGCUGCUAUCAAGCAUCUUGUUUGUAACGAUCAGGAACAUGAACGUAUGGCAGUCAAUACCAUCGUUACUCAACGUGCGCUGAGAGAAAUCUAUCUCCUUCCGUUCAUGCUCGCGACGCGGCUCAGCAACCCAGAAGCGAUCAUGACUGCCUACAACAGAGUCAACGGCGAACACGUCGCGGAAGACCGAAGCAUUCUGAAAGACAUACUCAGGAACGAAUGGCGGUGGGACGGACUCUUCGUGAGCGACUGGUUUGGCACAUACAGCACAAGCGAAGCAAUAAACGCCGGUCUCGACCUAGAGAUGCCCGGCCCAUCACGAUGGCGAGGACCGGCGCUCGUCCACGCGGUCUCGGCCAAUAAGGUCCUUCCUUCUGAGCUCGACGAGCGAGUGCGUACGGUCCUCAAGCUCGUCAAAAAGUCUGCACAGUCGGGUAUCCCCGAGAAUGCACCAGAGACCCAGUUGAAUCGACCAGCAGAUCGACAUCUUCUUCGGAAGGUAGCCGCAGACUCAAUCGUGCUCCUUAAGAAUCAGGAUAAUAUCCUUCCAUUCUCCUGCGAUCGCAAGAUUGCGGUCAUCGGCCCCAACGCCAAGAUCGCUACCUAUUGCGGCGGCGGUAGCGCCUCACUAAAUGCAUACUACACAACCACACCAUUGGACGGUAUUCGAUCGCUUGCGAAGGGCGGUGUGGAUUUUGCACAAGGCGCACAUGCUUUUCAGAUGUUGCCUGAACUCGGCAAAGAGCUCACCGUGGACGGGAAACCCGGUUUCAAGCUGCGCUUCUUCAAUAAUCCGCCAACAAACGUGGAGAGGACCCCACUUGAGGAACGGAUAUUGACCGACUCCAACAUCUUCUUCCUGGAUUAUGAUCAUCCGAAUCUCAAAGAGAUUUGGUACGCUGAGACUGAAGGUGUCUUUGCUCCAACUCAAUCGGGCACCUAUGACUUCGGUCUGUGCGUGCAUGGCACUGGAAGACUGUACAUUGAUGACGAGCUUCUCGUCAGCAAUGUCGAGCAUCAGAGGCCUGGACCUAGCUUUUUAGGAUCUGGAACUCUUGAAGAGACUGGAUCAAAGACUCUCAUUGCGGGAAGAUCGUAUCGAAUUACCGUGCAAUGGGGCUGCGCAAAGACAAGCACGAGGAAAACACCUGGCACGGUGGACUUUGGUCAUGGCGGUUUGCGUUUCGGUGGCUGUUUACGCCAGGACCCACAGGAGCUGAUUGAUACUGCGGUACGUCUCGCGUGCGAGGUCGAUCAGGUGGUCGUUUGUGUCGGUCUGGGUCCUGAAUGGGAGUCUGAGGGCGAUGAUCGCGCUUCAAUGGAUCUUCCGCCGAAUACAGAUACGCUUGUGGAACGAGUCCUCGAAGCUAACCCCAAUGCGGCUAUCGUGGUUCAGUCCGGUACACCUGUUGCGAUGCCCUGGAGUGACAAAGCAAAGGCGAUUUUGCAUGCGUGGUAUGGUGGCAAUGAAGGUGUCAACGGUAUUGCGGACGUCCUCUUCGGCGCUGUGAACCCCUCAGGAAAGCUUCCUCUGACUUUCCCCCGCCGAUUGAAGGACAACCCGACGUAUCUCAACUAUCGCUCCGAAGGUGGCCGCGUGCUGUAUGGCGAGGAUGUUUACGUGGGCUACCGUUUCUACGAGCAGACCGAAGUGGCACCAUUGUUCCCAUUUGGCCACGGCCUGUCCUACACGACCUUCACCCUGUCCAAUCUCAAGCUUGACAUGAACACGCAGACUGACCGGCUAAGCGUGCGCUGCACUGUGAGCAACACGGGCUCCAGAGCUGGCGCUGAGGUCGUGCAGGUUUACAUUGAGCCGAUCUCUCCACCUAUUCGUCGGCCGUUGAAGGAAUUGAAGGGCUUUGCGAAGCGCCACAUUGAAGCGGGCCAGAGCGCCGAAGUGGUUGUCGAGAUCGACGUUCUUCGGGACACAAGCUUCUGGGAGGAGAAGGAAGGGAGAUGGUGUAGUCAUGCUGGGAUGUACAACGUCCUUGUUGGGACAAGUAGCGCUGGCUGUCAUCUAUCGGGCUCGAUCGUGUCGCCCAAAGCUAGAAAGCGGAUGCAAAAUGAGAUUACCAGGAGCGAGCAUUCUGCCGCACCUGUUCCGAGUCCUACUUCGUUCAUCGCUGUCCAGCAAGGCGCAUUUCGCACUGACACCGUUUGUUCGCGAGCGCUUUUACGAGUUUUGAUGGACGACUAUCUUCUGUACAUCUACCCAUUAAUCCCUGUGGUUCACCGACCAUCGUUCUGCCUCGCUCUGAACGAGAAUCGUGAUAACUACGACGACGACUUCUUAGGCCUUCUCAUCGCUCUAUGCGCAAUCGUAGUUGCGUUGCUUCCAAGUAAAUAUGAGAGCUAUCGUAGGCUCGACUUGUCCAUGGCUCUCUCACGUGCCGUGAUGCUCGAUCGCUGUCACAGCUUCCUCAUCGCUUUGCGUACGCCAGACUUUUUCGAGAAAAUCGGCUUCAGCAAAUGGGCAGCAUCGUAUCUGAUGGCUAUCGCCUUUUUCCAGGUUGGAAAGCCUAAUCACGCUCGUAUGAUUGAGGUGGAGAGCAUGCAACUCGGGCGACUACUUGAACUUCACCGCGUUGAUAGAUAUGAGGAAUUGGACUGUAUCGAGAAACAGCUGCGGAGAAAGGGCUUUUGGCUUCUUUUUUACGGUUACGUACAUUCAGAGGUACAGAAUUUUCGUAAAGAGAAGCUCUCUUUCUUGGAUCAUGCUACCAUGGCAACGACGAACCUCAAGGCACUCAUGCCUGUCGAAGUCGAAGACGAGCAUAUCUUCAAGCAUGAGACGAUCUCUUCGCCUACAUCGGAUGUGAGCAUGACUAUAGGCUUCAUCAUCCACUCUCGCCUGUUUUGGCAAGCUAUUCAGGAUUCAAGCGGCAAUGAAAGGGGCGAAUGCUUGUGCUGUCGCGAACACUCACCCGCAGCGCAAGUGGCGCAUCUUGAACGCCGCUUGCAAGAUCUGAAAUAUGCCUUGGACGACGCCCCCAGGCUCUUUCGACAAUACGCAUUGUCCGAUUUCGACUCCGCCUCACAUAGCCUCUCAUCCUCUCAACUGGGCACUCUGCGCGCUAAUAUUCAUGUUACGCACCUCUGGCUUCAAAGCAUGUUACUGGACCAGUUGGAUCUACUGACUUCGCCUGAGCAGCACUGGCACGAGCGCGAGGACAUAUCCACUCAGCUCCUCCACGUACUUCACAAUACCCCUCAAGCAGAUAUUGAGCCAAAUGGUCUCCACCUCGUGUACAAGGUGCGCGAUGUGGCAGUCGGACUACUCGCGUGCCCGUACGAACUACCCGGUCCUUCGGCAAAACGAGCCCAGGAGUAUGUCAAGGCGUUUACUGACAUCAUGGCUCGCCUGGAUGCAAGCGAGACAAUCAACACAGCUAAUCUUCAAAGUUGGAUUGAUACUGGACGUCAGGGUGUUUGA